CACACCAUGAAGGCUCUUAUUCUCCUGGCUCUGUUUGCUGUGGCUUAUGCCGCCCCUCUGGAGGAGGACGACAAGAUCGUGGGAGGGUAUGAGUGCAAGAAGAACGCUCUGCCCUACCAGGUCUCUCUGAACUCUGGAUACCACUUCUGCGGAGGCUCCCUGAUCAGCAGCACAUGGGUUGUGUCUGCUGCCCAUUGCUACAAGUCCCGCGUUGAGGUGCGUCUUGGUGAGCACAACAUUGCUAGCAAUGAGGGCACUGAGCAGUUCAUCAACUCCGCCAAGGUCAUCCGCCACCCCAGCUACAACAGCCGCAACCUGGACAAUGACAUCAUGCUGAUCAAGCUGAGCAAGCCCGCCACCCUCAACAGCUACGUGAAGGCCGUGGCCCUGCCCUCCAGCUGUGCCAGCUCUGGAACCCGCUGCCUGGUCUCUGGCUGGGGCAACACCAGUGGAAGUGGCAGCAACUACCCUGACCGCCUGAGGUGCCUGGAUCUCCCCAUCCUCAGCGACAGCUCUUGCAGAAGCGCCUACCCUGGUCAGAUCACCUCCAACAUGUUCUGCGCUGGAUUCAUGGAGGGAGGCAAGGACUCUUGCCAGGGUGACUCUGGUGGCCCCGUGGUGUGCAACGGAGUGCUGCAAGGUGUUGUGUCCUGGGGCUACGGCUGUGCCAUGAAGAACAAGCCCGGUGUCUACGCCAAGGUGUGCAACUACAAGUCCUGGAUCAGCAGCACCAUGUCCUCCAACUAAAUUUCAUGUUGAGGAUUACGACUAACAUGCAGUAGAGCUCAUACCAACAGCUCUUCAGUCAAAUUUCAAUAAAAAAACACCUAUGUUGAAAUGAUAUCACUAUUUUGUUGUCCUUUUUUAGUAAAACAUGUCGUCAUU